CGCGCGCGCGGCAGCCUCAGGUACGCGGACAAGAUGGCGGCGGCAGCGGUCGACAGCGCGAUGGAGGUGGUGCCGGCGCUGGCGGAGGAGGCCGCGCCCGAGGCGGCGGGCCUCAGCUGCCUCGUCAACCUGCCGGGCGAGGUGCUGGAGUACAUCCUGUGCUGCGGCAAGCUGUCGGCCGCCGACAUCGGUCGCGUCUCCAGCACCUGCCGGCGGUUGCGCGAGCUGUGCCAGAGCAGCGGGAAGGUGUGGAAGGAGCAGUUCCGGGUGAGGUGGCCUUCCCUUAUGAAACACUACAGCCCCACCGACUACGUCAAUUGGUUGGAGGAGUAUAAAGUUCGCCAGAAAGCUGGGUUGGAAGCGCGGAAGAUUGUAGCCUCCUUCUCAAAGAGGUUCUUUUCAGAGCACGUUCCUUGCAAUGGCUUCAGUGACAUUGAGAACCUUGAGGGACCAGAGAUAUUUUUUGAGGAUGAAUUGGUGUGUAUCCUAAAUAUGGAAGGAAGAAAAGCUUUGACCUGGAAAUACUAUGCCAAAAAAAUUCUUUACUACCUGCGGCAACAGAAGAUUUUAAAUAAUCUUAAGGCUUUCCUUCAGCAGCCUGAUGACUAUGAGUCAUAUCUUGAAGGUGCCGUGUAUAUUGACCAGUACUGCAACCCUCUAUCCGACAUCAGCCUCAAAGACAUUCAGGCCCAGAUUGACAGCAUUGUAGAGCUUGUUUGCAAAACCUUGCGGGGCAUUAACGGUCGCCACCCCAGCUUGACCUUCAAGGCAGGUGAAUCUCCCAUGAUAAUGGAAAUAGAGCUUCAGAGCCAGGUGCUGGAUGCCAUGAACUAUGUCCUGUAUGACCAACUGAAGUUCAAGGGGAAUCGAAUGGAUUACUAUAAUGCUCUAAACUUAUAUAUGCACCAGGUUUUGAUCCGCAGAACAGGAAUCCCAAUCAGCAUGUCUCUGCUCUAUCUGACAAUUGCCCGGCAGUUGGGAGUCCCAUUGGAACCUGUCAACUUCCCAAGUCACUUCUUAUUAAGGUGGUGCCAAGGUGCAGAAGGGGCAACCCUGGACAUCUUCGACUACAUCUACAUAGACGCCUUUGGGAAAGGCAAGCAGCUGACAGUCAAAGAGUGUGAAUACUUGAUCGGCCAGCACGUGACUGCCGCACUAUACGGGGUGGUCAAUGUUAAGAAGGUGCUGCAGAGAAUGGUGGGAAACCUGUUAAGCCUGGGGAAGCGGGAAGGCAUCGACCAGUCAUACCAGCUCCUGAGAGACUCGUUGGAUCUGUAUUUGGCCAUGUACCCAGACCAGGUGCAGCUUCUUCUCCUCCAAGCUCGGCUUUACUUCCACCUGGGAAUCUGGCCAGAGAAGUCUUUCUGUCUUGUCUUGAAGGUGCUUGACAUCCUCCAGCACAUCCAGACCCUAGACCCAGGGCAGCACGGGGCGGUGGGCUACCUGGUGCAGCACACAUUAGAGCACAUUGAGCGCAAAAAGGAGGAGGUGGGUGUGGAGGUGAAGCUGCGCUCCGAUGAGAAGCACAGGGAUGUCUGCUACUCCAUCGGGCUCAUUAUGAAGCACAAGAGGUAUGGAUAUAACUGUGUGAUCUAUGGUUGGGACCCCACCUGCAUGAUGGGACACGAAUGGAUCCGGAACAUGAACGUCCACAGCCUGCCUCACGGCCACCAUCAGCCUUUCUAUAAUGUUCUGGUGGAGGAUGGCUCUUGUAGAUACGCAGCCCAAGAAAACUUGGAAUAUAACGUGGAGCCGCAAGAAAUCUCGCACCCUGAUGUGGGACGCUAUUUCUCAGAGUUUACUGGCACGCACUACAUCCCAAAUGCAGAGCUGGAGAUCCGAUACCCAGAGGAUCUGGAGUCUGUCUAUGAAACGGUGCAGAAUAUUUACAGCGCGAAGAAAGAGAGCAUAGAUGAGUAAGGUCUAGUAGAGGACAUUGUACCUUUGCUGCUGCUGCUACCUUCCAAGAGAACGGGGUUCCAGAAGAAGCCGUCUCACGGACCCCGCUGGGUUCCCUCCACCAGGAAAGCCACUCCACCAGUAGUGCUGGCUGCCUCCUACCAAGUUCCACACCGUGUGCUCUCCUCCAGCUGCAAAGACAAUGUUGCUCUCCGCCUACACUAGUGAAUUAUAUGAAAGGCACUGUGUCAGUGGCAUGGCUUGUGUGCUUGUCCUGUGGUGACAGUCUGUGACAUUCUGUCUUCAUGAGGUCUCGCAGUUGACACUUCUAUGCUCAUCCUUCGUGUUCACUUUCCGUUCUUACGUCUAUCUCCUUUGUCUCAGAACGUUUCAUUUGCUGGACAGAUGGGCUUAUAUAUUUGCGGUCAUUUCCUUCUGAUUUCUCUACGGAACACGUGCGGUCAUAAGUCAGGACUAUUUGUCUGUUACCCUGAGUUGAGUUGCAUAUUCAGAGGUGAAGUUGUGUGCUGUCUUGGCAGCAUCUGGGAGAUGAAGACAUUAACACGCGAAUGGUAAUUAGAACCAUUUCGAUCUGUUUUUCUGAUAUGUGAAACACAGAUUCGGGUGUUUCUCGGUUUCUUGAUUUGAAUUGGGAGAACAGUUUUCCCUUCUGUAGACCUCGACUUUAUGCACGUCUCUACAGGUCACUCAUUUUCUAUUUUAUUGCAUAAAACUAUUUGAGAAAACGGGCAACAAUGGCCUUUGUGAAUGAAUUGUUCCAUGUUUAUCUACUAUUCCUCCCUUUAAAAUGACUACUUUUAUCUUUUAAUUUUAAAAAUCUGCUUCAGUAUCACGAGUAGGUCUUAAUCAGUAAUGGGUUCUUUUUGUAGUGAGACAUACAGAGCUGAUGUUAAAAUGUUUGUUCUUAGAAAUCAUACUUUGUGGUCUCCAAAGACUCAAAAAAGAGGUUUUGCUUUUGUAAUCAGACAACAGAAGAAAUAAUGAACCUUAAAAAUUUUUUUAAGAAAAAAAGAGGUUUUAUGCCCCUUGUCAUUCCUUAGAGUCACUUCAAGACUUUUUGAAUGUGGCAAGUUAGAAAGAAAUAGAAUGCCUUUGAUUCGAGAGCGUUGGAUUUGUGGGAAAGGAGGCGGGCGCGUGGUCUGCCCUCUCAAGCCACCCACACCUGAGAGCCUCAGGAUGGCGCCUGAUGUGCAGUCUCGCGGGGACGCGUGAUGUGGUGUUCAAGUCCCGUGGGCUCCUUCCCGAUGUUCUCAGUCACCUAGCAUGAAGGUGCCAGGUCUUCAUGCAGCUCCUGCCAUGCCCAGUGAGCCCAUCUGGUAGCUGAGCAUGGAAGCUAGUUAGGCACUAGGACCUGGUGACUUUGCUCUCGACGUUCACAAAACACAGUUGCUCAGUGAAUGAGGCAUUGGGGGACCCAACCCAGUCAGCCUCGCCACCAUCCAUGUGCAUGCCGUGUUCUCACACCACGGUGAGUGACUGCUUCUUGCUUACCUUUGGAAGCCCUGGUAUGACUGAGGUUGCGGAAGCCCCCAAGACCCUUCAUAGCACGUGACAGCUGUGAAGCAGUUACCAGAGAGAGGUGGAGCCUGGGCCGCUGCACCUUCACCCGAGUUAGCUGUUUUCCAGUGCCCAUGUUCCUUACCAGUCAAAUCCAAAGUCAGAUGACUUGAACUUGCAUUUGAAAUGCGACCACUCACAACACCUUAGCCUGCCUGAGGUUGGGGGGAUUAUACACUACUCAUUUAUAGGAGAAAAUUAGAUAACACAGAAUUAAUAUUAAUGAGAUGCAUUCAUAAGAAACUGUGGCGCAUGCUGAGACUUACAAGUAUUGGUUUUCUGGUUUGAUUCCCUUUUUUCCUAUAGUAACAUCAAAGCCAAGAAAGAUGGUUUUACCUGUACUGACCCAACUGUAAAUAUGUAUCUAGACUGUUUUUAAAUGUGUUUCUUCAUGAAUGCUUCAUGUGGCUCCAGGAAGCCUGUAUCACCUGUGUAAGUUGGUAUUUGGGCACUUUAUAUUUUUCUAAAAAUGUGUUUUGGAUCCUGUACUCUAAAUAAAUCAUACGUUUCUUCUUAAAAUUUUUCCAAAACUCUUCUCCAUUUUAAAAAGCCCUGUUAUAAAAGUAGUACUUUCACAAUGUUAAAAUAUUAAAUAUUUGGAUAUAGUAAACUUUUCUCUUUAAAUGAAUGCCAAGUUUUUUUUGUACAAUGAUGAAUAAAUGGAACCUUAUCCAGAGAAACCACGCAAAUGGCCUGCCCAGUUUCGUUUCAGAACAGAAAGCCCAGCCAUGACAAGACUAGACUGUCUCUCAUCUCUCUCCUGAUCGAAAUGUGAGCAACUUGGUCUACUAGGUUUUUCCUAACAUCGGUGAGCAGAUUUCCUUGCUAGGCAUUGUUUUUUAAGCUCACUAGUAACCUUUGAGAAUAUACGGUGUCAACGCAGAGAUUGCACUUUUUAAUUUGUGUCAAGACACAUGUAAAACAAGAACUGCAAACACUUUACAAAAACCAGGUUCUUGAUUUGUUUCAUGGCAGUCAAUUUGAACAGCCAUGCUACAUGCAAAGAGGCCACAAGCUCCUCAGCAUUGAUGCUGUGUGAUGUUACUACACACGACGUGGCGGAAGUUACGGGUUAAACAAGUCAAACCAAGUCAAACCUAAUUUAUUAGACCCAAGAACUUUCCUCCCUGGCACACCCUCCAUGCCUGGGGUCCCAUGUUUGCAGACACUCUUUGAGAAGCUCUUUGUGAGAUGCCCAUCACACCCAGAGCCUGGUAGACACCUUAAGGGUCAGACCUGUUUUGCCAAGUGUUGUGUUUGCAGAUCAUUUAUCCACCUCUGGAGAUUAUGACGCUCCACCAGAGCGUCAUAACAGAUCUCCACGAUACGUGCGUGCAUGCAACAAAAUCAUGGAGAAUGCCAGCCUUAGGUAUGGCUAAGGCUCAGUUUUACAUCUUAUACUACCUACUUACAGGCUUGCUCACAUUUUGAAGUGUUUCUCUCUUUCUCUGAUGAUUAAACAGCGGAGCUGCUGCAUAGUGGGCUUGCUUCUGCCAUCAGGUCCCUUUACUCUAAAGGGAAACUAUUUCUUUUCUUAGUCCAUGUGCCAAGUAAGUGAACUUGAACUACCAGCAACUUUUUGAAAGUGUCUACGGCCAUAUGAUAACCAGGAUACCGCUCUUCAUGUUUUUGUUUAUUUUGUCGUGUUUUUCUGGAGGGAAGGAGAGAACGAGAGAAUGUUGGACAGUGCAAAAUGGAGAAUUUGCUGGGAGCCAACUGCUUUUGGGGGACGUCAGUAGCUGUACUGACUUGGUACUGUGUGCUGACUUUGAGCCAGGCAGUGGCCUCAACACUUUGUAACCCUCCUAGCAGCCCUGUAAGGCAGGACCAGAUGGUCAACAUUUUAGGCUUUGUUGGCCACAUACAGUCUCUGUCCCAUGUUCUUUGUAAAAGUGUAAACAGCAUUCUUAGCUCAAGAGCUGUACAAAAACAGGCUGCAGACUGGAUUAGCCCGUGGCCAGAGUUUGCUGACCCCUACUAGGCUCUAGACUCGCGUAGGCUAGCAUUCUACUGUGUGGGUGGGUGGGUGGAAAGCUGACAUGGAACCCGGGUGGUCUCUGAGCUGUCAAAGACCACUGAGCUGUGGCUCUCCACUCCCUACAUGGCAGCAACUCUGAUCUCGAAAUUUAGAAUCUUGAGGGUAAAGGACAUUCCUUCAGCAAAUAAAAUUAUGUGCAAUUACAGAAUAAAUGUAUUACAGCCAUGUAGUAAUGAUUGUAUUAGGGUGAUGCUAGUUCUGUAAUAAAUAGACCCGAAAAUCUA